AAACAUUGUGCUUUUUUUUUUUGAGUACGAGAGGUGAGUGCAUCUUUGUACUAUAAUUCCACACUGUACCAUCACUGUGGAAGUCCUGCAUCCUUACUGGCAAUAAGACCCCUUGUAUUUUCUUCAGCAAAUAACUAAAGAACUCAGCUACUCCCUGAUCGCCACUCUCUUCAGCUGUAGAACUAUAGAAGCCAGUCAGGGGAUUGCAGCCUUUAGUAGUUUGGGCACUGUGGGUGUUGUAGUUCAAUGUCUGUCAUUUGUAGGUGCAGCAAGUCCACAUGCAUAUAUUAGAGUGGCAACCAUGAAGGACCGCCUUAAUGAACUGCUGGAAUACUCAAAGCUCCACACCCAGUAUGUCCAGAGUGAAGAAGAGAAUGAAUUGCAAGGCUUUGGUGUAUUUGAGACUGACCAUGCAUUGGAAAGCCUGUACCAAGAUAUACAACUCAUCCGGACUGAAAACCACUUAAUGAAAGUUGAUAUAAAACGCUUGGGAAAGCAAACCACUCGCUUUCUCACUUCCAUGCGUCGCCUCAGCAGCAUCAAAAGAGAUUCCAACAGCAUUGCUAAAGACAUUAAGACAAGAGCUGAAGGCAUACACAGAAAACUCCAAAGCCUCAAAAAUUUCAGCGAGGACGCAGAAAGCAAAUAUGGGGAAAGUUCAGUCAUGGCACGUGUAUCACAAUCUCAGUACAUGACCCUAACACGUGAGUUUCAGAAAGCCAUGGUUGAGUACAAUGAGGCUGAGAUGGUCCAGAGGGAUAACUGCAAGAUCCGCAUCCAGCGUCAGCUAGAGAUAAUGGGCAAAGAUGUGUCUGGAAAUCAGAUAGAUGAAAUGAUUGAGCAAGGAAAAUGGGACGUCUUCUCUGAAAACCUGCUAUCUGAUGUUAAAGUUGCCCGUUCAGCCUUGAAUGAGAUCGAAACACGCCAUAAGGAGCUCCUGAAGCUAGAAACUCGUAUUAGGGAGGUUCACGACCUUUUUUUGCAGAUGGCGCUGUUGGUGGAAGAACAAGCAGAGACCUUAAACGUUGUCGAGCUUAACAUGGAAAAAGUGAAAGAUUACGUGGGAGAAGCGAAAGUUCAAGUUAAACAAGCUGUUGAAUAUAAGAGAAAGCACCCUUGCCGUAAGAUGUUUUGUUGCUGCUUUCCUUGCUGCAACUGAUUCUUUGUCAAGUAAAUAUGUUUUAGUAGACUUCUCCUUUUGAGAAAAAAAAGUUGUUGUUAUGAAAUUAGAUUAACAAACAGGGACCACCGGGCAUGUUUUUUUUUCAGUCUCGGUUUUUAAGGUCUCCCACGGCACUGAGAGUCAUACCCUUAUAAAAGAGAAGGAGCUUGUCAGAAAGAAACAUUAAGUAUUAUUAUCAAAUGCAUCCAAUUAUUUUAACUAAUUAAGAAACACAAUAAUAAUUCGAUGAAACCAGCUCAUAAAUAUAAUUUAUCUGUGUAAAAUCCUCUUGCCUUGGACCUUGACUAUUAUAAAAUUAAUUAUUGCAGUAAAUCCUCUUGAGUUUUCUGAAGAGUCGCCACUUUGUAAACCACAUGCAGAGCUACUGCUGUCUAUGUAAUUUAUGGGUCGAGACAACUCAUACAACCAGAGCACUUUUUUUUUUUUUUUGUUUAGUCAGUAUUAUUGUUUAUGAUAGUAUGCUCAAGAAUAAUGCUUAUAUAAAUAUAUAAUACUGUGGUGAUAAGUCAGAGCCUUAGACAUCAGAUACAAGAUGUACAAGAUGUCAUUGGGUAAAAUUGCUUUAUUAUAUUUCAGUUUGCUUUUGAAUUGCAGAAAGCCUAAGCAAGUACUUACUGUAAGGGAAACUGAGUCCCCCCAACCCAAAUUUAAUGAUCGUUUUAGAUAGGCAGUCUUUAGUGUAUCACUUAAUAUUACACUGUGUAUAUUUUAUUUUGUCAAAUGUAGUUCUUCUGUGUGAUGAAAUGUUGUAUUACCGCACACCUCCUUCCACUUUUCUGCGUGGUGGUGCUGGUCCUCCGUUGACCAAGCCCGGUCUCCUUA